AUGGGUAUAAAGGCCCUUGCUAUGAUGCCGGAAAAAUCUAUCGAUGUCUAUUACCCAAAGUUUGAUAAACACCUCGAAAUACCAGUUGGUGCCUACUCCCUCAAGCCAUAUGAGGGUCGCCUGAAUCUAGGCCAGCUGUGGUCUGCAUACUCUACGGAACUUCAAGAGACACCUUCUUCUAUGGAAAUGCUUGUCCAGCCUUCUCAACAAGGGGGCUCAGCAACCCCGGUUUACAUCUAUGCCCUCAUAGGGUCUGAUGGCAGUGUUAAUUCCCUUUCACGAUAUCCCUGGACUAAAUAUUCGAAAAUAAUCCAAGAAAUGUCUCCUAUGAGUUUACUGAGGGGUGCUCUCCAGACGAGCAAACCCGAACCCAUUUCUAGCAUCGACUUGCUUAAAUUACUACAGCCAUCCGACGGAAAGAUUCUCGAUAUAAAUGUUCUCGAGAUACAUCUCGACGAUACCAACAAGGAAUUUCUUGUCCGUCAAGAAUCCAUUAUGCUUCUCUUCCAAAUCACGAUAUCGAUUGUCUCUCUCCUUGUGAGUCAGACUCUCCCGUCGCUGUAUCGCAGAACGGGAGAGACCUUUACUAGAGUCGCUUACUUCUUAUUGACUAUUCUUGCAUUCAUCUACGGGACCAGAGUUUUGACAGAAACCUGGAGCACCCUCUCCAACAUUCGGGAGAUUAUCACGUUCCUCGGAAGAACCGGGAACGGACAGCAUGGCUGGGCACCUACCCAGCAAAUGGUUACCCACAUAUUUACAGUCUACAGCCACGAUAGUGUGAAGCUCGGAACCAUCUAUUUCAUGGAAGCAACAGUUUUAACUGUAGCAUCUGUGAUGCUAAAACAGGGGUUCGUUUCGGUGGGAAAGUCGGCCAGGAACACCGUUUGGAUCCUCUGCCUCCUGGUCUUGGGGGUGUGCGAGUUGGUAUGUUAUUUGGGGGUACAGAGAUGGCAAUUCUUGAUCCGAUUUGCCAUGGUCUGGGCCUAUUGGGUCCAUAGACCGGUUUGUGAGUGCCUGUAUCUUGUGUCUGGGGUGGUUGAGUUUUUGUUUUCCGGGUCAAGUGCCUGA